AUGUUGCAGUGCUUCCAUGUGCCUUACUCAGCCCUGACCAUGUUCAUCAGCAGGGAGCAGAGCGAGCGGGACUCGGCCACUGCCUACCGUAUGACAGUGGAAGUGCUGGGCACCGUGCUGGGCACCGCCAUCCAGGGCCAGAUCGUGGGCAAGGCCGUUACUCCCUGCAUCGAGAGCCCCCUGUUCAUCGGCAGGGCCAACUCCUCGGUGGCCAUGGAGGAGCUGAACAUGACCCACGACACCGGGUCGCUCACAGACACAAGAAAUGCCUACAUGAUCGCUGCGGGGGUCAUCGGGGGGCUCUACGUCCUCUGCGCCGUGGUGCUGUCGGUGGGCGUGCGGGAGAAGAGAGAGUCCUCUGAGCUCCGGUCGGACGAGCCUGUCUCCUUCUUCCAGGGGCUGAAGCUGGUGAUGAACCACGGUGCCUACAUCAAGCUCAUUGCUGGCUUCCUCUUCACCUCACUGGCCUUCAUGCUGCUGGAGGGAAACUUUGCCCUCUUCUGCACCUACACCCUGGGCUUCCGCAACGAGUUCCAGAACAUCCUCCUGGCCAUCAUGCUCUCGGCCACCUUGACCAUCCCCCUCUGGCAGUGGUUCCUUACCCGCUUUGGGAAGAAGAUGGCUGUCUACAUGGGCAUCUCGUCUGCCAUUCCCUUCCUCAUCAUGGUGGCUGUGCUGGACAGUAACCUCAUCGUCACCUACAUUGUGGCUGUUGCAGCUGGGAUCAGCGUCGCAGCCGCCUUCCUCCUUCCCUGGUCCAUGCUCCCGGAUGUCAUAGAUGACUUCAAACUGCAGCAUCCUGACUCCCAUGGCCAUGAAGCUAUUUUCUUCUCCUUUUAUGUCUUCUUCACCAAGUUUACCUCUGGGGUCUCCCUGGGCAUCUCCACACUCAGCUUAGACUUUGCAGGGUACCAGACCCGGGGCUGCUCCCAGCCCAGUGAUGUGAACUUCACCCUGAAGAUGCUGGUGUCGGCCGUGCCCGUGGGACUGAUCCUGCUGGGCCUGCUCCUGUUCAAGCUGUACCCCAUCGAUGAGGAGAAGCGGAGGAAAAACAAGAAAGCCCUGCAGGACUUGAGGGAGGAGAGCAACAGCAGCUCCGAGUCGGACAACACAGAACUGGCCAGCAUCGUGUGA